GCUCGCGCCUGUCCCGGGGUUGUUCCUCGGCGGCUUCCGUCCACUGUAACCCCCGCGCGCCCCUCAUUCCAUCUGCAGCGGCAGCAGGGUUCUCCAUGAGAGCGGGCGGCGGGUCGUGCCCAUCCGCAGCGCCCGCGAUAGAGAGCCCCGCCCACGCCACCUAAACAACAGUCGCGUGCCCCCCCCCCGCGCCCUUUGGAUUCCCCCUUCCCGCGCACGCAGAACGUGCUGGGACCAUGUCCUGGUCCCGCCCACCACGCUCCCCCCCCCGCCCCCCGCUAGCGCGCGCUCACUCAUGUCCCGCGGCGGCUCCUUCCCGUUGGGAGCCCCGCCUUCGCCCUGCGGCUGCCUCGCCCCUGCCGCGGGCCGCGACUCUCGUGUGGCCGGUGUCAGCGCGCGGCGCAGGCCGCGCCGCCCUGCGGACGGGUCUGUUGGUCUACAUGUUGCUGAAUGGACAGUUCCCAAGAGCAGGGAGUCUGCCCUGAGAGCUAACAAUCCAUGAACCGUGCAAAUAUAGUGCUACUGAGCAACAGAUAUACAACACCGUGCAUAUAGACUUCUGCUUCUGACACCGUCACAGAACCCUGAAUACCUACCUUUUGUCAUGGCUGUAUAGAAGACAUCCAGCUGAUAUUAUUAAUGGACUCCAAUGAACAUCCUUUUGGAGUCCACUGACUUUUAUAUCAGGGAUGCAUGCUCUCAUGGACAACAUGAAAGGGUAGUGCUGAAGGUUUUACAUUGACAACAAAAAUGUUGUUACUACUGCAGGCUGGUGAUCUAACAUGGAAAAUAGUUAAUUUAGUUUUUGGCUCAAUUUAACUUCCAGAUAACUGCCUUUUUUAAUUCAGUGGCCCUAUUGAAACCACUUGAUUUUAGAUUUUUAAUGACAGCGUUGUCUUAAGAUGACAAAUUAGAAUGAGUGAAAGCAAACUGGUUUCCUUCUGGAAAAUUUUUCUCUGUUGACCAUGUUUAACCAUUCUGUUUUAUUCAGCUAUUUUUUUAAACAUCUCCCAAAGAGUUAAUGCACCUUAUAUAGGACACCUGACCUUUUGCAGCUUCGUAAUUCAUAUCUAGAUGUCACCGGUGUUUCCCAUGUUAACAGUUCUCAGCAUGUUUUACUAUAUCUGCCUUCGGCGCCGAGCCAGGACAGCUACAAGGGGAGAAAUGAUGAACAGUCGGAGAGCUAUUGAAUCAAACAGCCGAGCCUUACCUAUCAAUGUUGAAGUAGUCCAGUAUGCCAAAGAAGUGUUGGAUUUCAGUUCUCAUUACGGUAGUGAAAACAGCAUGUCCUACACCAUGUGGAAUUUGGCAGGUAUUCCAAAUGUGUACCCCAGUUCUGGUGACUUCACUCAGACUGCUGUGUUUCGAACUUAUGGAACUUGGUGGGAUCAGUGUCCUAGUGCUCAGUUGCCGUUCAAGAGGACUCCACCUAACUUCUAUAGCCAGGACUACGUAGAGCUUGCUUUUGAGGAGCCAGUUUAUCCCACAGCAGUGCAUGUUCUGGAAACAUAUCACCCUGGGGCUGUAAUUAGGAUUUUGGCUUGUUCUGCAAAUCCCUAUUCCCAAAAUACACCAGCUGAAGUAAGGUGGGAAAUCCUUUGGUCAGAAGCACCUACCAAGGUGAAUUCUCCUCAGGCUCGCCAGUUCACACCUUGUAUUAAACAAAUUGACUUUCCCACAAAUCUAAUUCGAUUGGAAGUAAAUAGUUCCCUUCAGGACUAUUACGCUGAAUUAGAUGCAGUAGUACUACAUGGUGUGAAAGAGAGACCUGUACUUUCACUUAAGACAUCGAUGAUAGAUAUGAAUGAUUUGGAUGAAGAUGAUGAUGAAGAAAAGAAUGGCUGUGAAAUGGAUAGUCUUAAUAAACAGUUCAGUGUUACAGCCCUCAGGGAAUGGACAACUAAUGGGUAUUUUGAUAAACUGCCUUAUGAGCUCAUUCAGUUGAUUUUGAGUCACCUUACAAUACCAGACCUGUGUAGACUAGCACAGACUUGUAAGCUACUAUAUCAGCAUUGCUGUGAUCCUCUACAGUACAUUCACCUCAGUUUACAACCCUACUGGGCAAGGAUAAAUGACACAUCUCUGGAAUACCUAAUGUCUCGCUGCACUCUCGUCCAGUGGCUGAAUUUGUCUUGGACAGGAAACAGGGGAGCCAUAUCUGUUUCUGGAUUUAGCAGGUUCCUGAAAGUUUGUGGCUCUGAACUAGUUCGCCUUGAGUUGGCUUGCGGCCAUUUCCUCAAUGAGACUUGCUUGGAGGUCAUUGCUGAGAUGUGUCCAAACCUUCAGGAAUUAAAUCUCUCCUCCUGUGAUAAGCUACCACCUCAGGCUUUCAACCACAUUGCCAAAGUGUGCAGUCUUAAACGUCUCAUCCUUUAUCGAACAAAAGUAGAGCAAACAGCACUGCUCAGCAUUCUGAACUUCUGUUCAGAGCUUCAGCACCUCAGCCUUGGUAGCUGUGUCAUGUGCUUGUUUUCGUCACAGAUUGAAGACUAUGACCUGAUAGCGAGUAUGAUGGGAGCAAAGUGCAAAAAACUGCGUACUCUGGAUUUGUGGAGAUGUAAAAACAUUACUGAAAAUGGAAUAGCAGAACUGGUUUCAGGAUGUCAGCUCUUGGAGGAGCUUGAUCUUGGCUGGUGCCCUACGCUACAAAGCAGUACUGGCUGCUUCACAAGCCUUGCGCGUAAGCUCCCAAACUUGCAAAAGCUCUUUCUUACAGCCAACAGGUCUGUGUGUGACACAGACAUUGAAGAACUUGCCGCUAACUGUACUCAUCUUCGGCAGUUGGACAUACUGGGGACAAGGAUGGUAAGCCCUGCAUCUUUAAGAAAAUUGCUGGAGUCUUGUAAAGAUCUUUCUUUACUUGAUGUGUCCUUCUGUUCACAAAUUGAUAAUAGAGUUGUCCUAGAACUGAAUGCCAGCUUUCCUAAUGUGCUCAUAAAAAAGAGUUUCACUCAGUGACUCACUACGUAUGCUGCUAUGGAAUUCAUUUGACAGUGUUGUUUCCUGUGAAUUUGUGAUUACAUUUUUCUUCAAAAAAGAAAUUAAAAUCUUCCAUAAAAUAGAGGGGAAAUGUUAACAAUAUUCAUGAAAUGAGUACAUAUUAUGUAUUUGGUGCGGAGCUCUUAUUCUCCUGUACCUAGUAAUUGUUUUCCCUUUGUUAAUUGAUGGCACUGCAUGUGUUUAAAUAGCCACAUAUGUGGCCUAAAUUAGAGAAGAUGAAGAAAACAUAUUCUUGAUGCCCUUUUAAAGAAAAUGUUAUACAAUAAGAUACAUUAAAAUCCAGGUGAAAGUGAAGUUUUAACAUUUAGCAAUAGAGAAAUGAUGGGAGUUUUUCUGUCUUGUAGGUUGUAGUGUUUUAGUUUUGGCCUGUGGCAUAAGACCUUGUGAUGUGGCCUGUAAUGUGCUGUUUGAAAAAUUGUUUAAGCUAGUGUAAGAUCAGACUAGACUGAAAAGCCACUUUUUUUCUCUCCUUUUGUUGACAGUGAUUGGUAUCUAUUUUAAAACUCUGAUGUGUCUGCUAAGAGUUUUUUUUCCCCUUCAAAUGGAUGAAAUGCGGCAAUGUUUUACAGUCCAGCUUAAUUGACACAACAGAUAAAUACAAAAACCCACCAUAUGAGUUUAUAGCAGAAACUAAAAAGAAAAUUACCUGCUUCCUCCUGUACUGGAUAUAAAAUUUGUGUCAGAUACUUAUUGUCAUAACUGAUAACACAUAGAAAACCCAAAAGCAAUUUUCUUUUCAAAUUUCUGUUAUGUCAAGGUGUGUAGACUUGUGGUACAUCUGCCUUUCUUAUGAAGUACAAUAAUAGUGUUACUCAGGAUAAUGUAUUAGAAACUCUUACUUAGUUGGAUACAUACCUACUAUCAAGUUUAAAAACAAAUAUUUGGUGUUCAGUAAAAUCAUGAUGAAAAUGUUGAGUUUGUAAACCAAAGGCAAUGUGAUUUGGCUACGUACUAAUUUAUUUAGAAAUGGGUUGUUGUUUUUUCACCAAAAGCGACAAUAUCUUUGAUAAUCUAAACUCUCUUAGCUGCUAAGUCAAGUCUUUGGAGGAGAGAGAUAAUGAUGAUAGUGGAUGAAUGGUUUUCUUCUACUUUUUGCACUUCUCUGAAUGAGACAUUCUUUCCUCCGUGAUGGCACCAAUGCUAUUGUGAAUUGGUAUUUAUAACAUGUACUCAUAUUUGCAUAACUUCUGUCUCUCUAGACACUACUAGUGAACACAGACCCCCCCCCCCAGACAUGAUCUCUCAUCUGGGAUCAGCUCCAUUAUUGCCACCUUUAUAGCAGAUGCUGUACAAUGUUUCUUCCUGUCCAUUGGGAAAAUAGGCAUAACAUUUUGCGUGGAAGAAGGCCAUCACUAUACAGAAGAUCAUCAGCAAAGAAAAUUUAAACUGAUACGGUAAAUACCUGUCCACUGGAAGAGAAGUGCCUCAAAGCAUCAAUGAACCAGUGAUCUCCAUGGACCUAAAUUAGCAUUUCUGAACUCUUCACACCAAUGCCAAUGUUUUAUAAAUCAUUUCGUGAAACAACUAAAGACCAUUUUUCAACUUUUAUAAACCUCUAUUCUGAUUUAAAUUGUACAGAAUCUUGUAGAAAAUUCCAAAUCCAAAGAAAAGUGCACAGAUGUCUGUCAUUCACACACAGAUGUCACCAUGUGAUUUUCAUCUAGGUGCCUCCAUUCUAUUUGUCUAUCAGGGUACUGGCGCUACUUAGACAUGUUUCAGUCUAGACAUCUCUUCAACUGACAGAUGUCUGCCCUAGAGUCGGUCUGUGCAAGAUCUCAUUUUAUUUUGGGAGUGCUCACUUCUUUCAACAAAGUUUUUACUUUAAACUUAUUUUAAUAUAAUGUAUUUACAAUGUAUUGAAUAAUGUCCAAUGUAUAAUGUAAACUUAUUUUAAUGUAAUGUAUUUACAGUGUAUUCAUUGUAAAUAAGAAUUAAACAUUUAUGUCCCAGUUACAGGAGAACUCAAGUUCAGAUUAUGGGUGUUUACAGAUAUUGAUGUUUUAAAAUAAGUAUUGUUUUUGUUGUGAAAUUUCACUCCUCAGGGUGCAUAUGAAUUUUUAUCUUUCUUCUUUAAAAAAAGCUUUUUGGCUUAUGUUUAUAAUUAUAACUAGAAUUAGAUUUGUUUAGUAUAGAUGUAGUGGUAUAUUUUAUGCCUUCCAAAGUACUAAAGUAGGUGAUUAGUCUAGUCUUAUUUCUGCACAUAGGAAUCUUUUAAAAGAUAACGUGUAAAGGCUCAGGGGAGGUUGUCAAUCUUUUUUGCUUCAUUAUGAAGUAUAAGGAAGGUCUGAUUUGAUUUUUGUUUUAUUUCUGUUCUGUCUAAAGGAUCUAUUUCUGCUUAUCCCUUACAUUCAGAUUUCAGCAAAAAGAACAGGAGUACUUGUGGCACCUUAAAGACUAACAAAUUUAUUUGAGCAUAAGCUUUCGUUUCAGUUUGUGUCUAGAAUACUCUGCGGUGACUGAAGAUCUCAGAUUAUGUUAUCACACUUUCUGAUAAAAUGGAACCUAAUUAAUUAAAGGGAAGUGAUUUUUUUUCAGACUCUUUAAAACUUUUUGGGUUUGCUAACACGUAUUUAACUUAAAUAAUUGAGAAAUACUUGGGGAAAAGGACAUCUUUGUUUACAAUUUGAUACCCUUACUCUUCAGUUAAUGGCUGAAGCACAUUUUUAUAUCUCCAAGAAGUCUUCCAGCAAAAAGAGGGGAUACCAGACUUGGCAUUCCUGAUAUUUCCAAGGUAAAAAGUGAAAAAACACUUUCAGGCCUCCUUUAUACAUCAUAAAAAAGCAAAAAUAGGCUACAUCUCAAUUUGAAUUGAUGUUACCUCUUAGGAUUUUAUUAUUGAUCAUCUUAUUAAAAGUUGUUCAGCAGAUUUUUAUUUUAGAGUAUUUCUGAAACAUUGAAAUUGGGUAUAGAGCCUGGUAAAGCUUUUCAACCAGCUAGCUACUGAGACCAAUCUAGGAAUUGCUAUUAUAUUGUCACACUUGCAUCAUAAUAGUUAACACUGUCAGCAUUUCCAUUGUAAAACAUUAUUUCACUACACCUGGGGACUGGAAAACACCUGGCAUUCCUCUUUAUCCAGAAAUUGAGAUCAACCUGAUCAACAGUUGUGCAGACUUCCCAUGCUACUUUGCCAUUGUGGUUUGGGGCCUGUCUACAUGACUGCUACUCUGGAAUGAAUUAGGGUGUUAAUUUAAAGAUGAAUAGCUAUUCCAGAACGUAUUUCUGACCUUACGGUGUGUUAAAGACCCAUGCAACCAAGUGACGAUGCAAACUUCUGAAAAAUGCUCAAACUAAACAAACUGGAAAACAUAGAAAAGACUAUAUUUAUCUUCUAGUUUGUCAGUUUGACAUGUAUGAUUUCUAUAACAAUAGCAGAGAUGUGAUAUUUAAGUUAAGUGUGUCCCUACAAUCAGGAAUAUUAACUGUUGUAAAGUUGCAAAAACACAACUGUGUGAUCCCAUGACCCCCAGGCAGGGGCGGCUCUAG